AUGGAUACUGUCCUGCAUGCAAUCAACAGCUCAGAGUUUCAAGUGUCUAAGUUCAUCCUCCUGGGGUUCCCCAGCAUUCAUGAGUGGCAGCACUGGCUCUCCAUGCCAAUGACUGUCCUCUACCUCUUAGCACUUGGUGCUAAUCUCCUUAUCUUGACCACCAUUCACCGUGAAUUCACCAGCCUACAUCAGCCCAUGAAUCAGUUCCUUGGUAUCCUGGCUAUAGUGGAUACUGGCUUGGCUACCACCAGCAUGCCCAAGAUCCUGGCCAUCCUAUGGUUUGAUGCAAAAUCCGUCAGCCUCCCUGAGUGUUUUGCACAGAUCUAUGCCAUCCACUCUUUCAUGUGCAUGGAGUUAGGCAUCUUAUGCAUGGCAGUGGAUAGAUAUAUAGCCAUUUGCUAUCCCCUUCAGCACCCUUCCAUAAUCACUGAAGCUUUUGUACUCAAAGCCACACUGUGCAUUUUGCUCAGGAAUGGUCUGCUGACCAUCCCCGUGCCCGUGCUCGCUGCUCAGAGACAAUACUGCUCCAGAAAUGAAAUUGACCACUGCCUAUGUUCAAACUUGGGGGUCACUAGUCUGGCUUUUGAUGACAUCACUGUGAACAGAUUUUACCAGUUGACCUUGACUUUGAUUAUUCGCUCUGUAAUGAUGCUGAACUCUGCUGAGGCAACAUCUAAGGCCCUCAGAACCUGCAGCUCCCAUCUCAUCCUCAUUUUUUUUUACACAGCUGUUAUUCUAGUAUCUGUCACCCACCUGGCAGGAAGGAAGGUUCCCUUCAUCCCUGUUCUCCUCAAUGUGCUCCGUAUUGUGGUCCCCCCAUCCCUUAACCCCAUGGUGUAUGCUCUUAGGACACACGAGCUGAGGAUGGGCUUCCAGAGGGUGCUGGGAUUGAGUGAGCAUGUGUCCAGAAAGUGA